AUGGCGGCCACGAACCAACGCCUCGAUCGCUGCCUCUCGCUGCGCACGCAUAGCAACGCGUUUACGGACAACCGCGUGCGCACGUCCAAGUAUACGCUCGCUUCGUUCGUUCCGCUGAACCUUCUCGAGCAAUUCCGACGCGUCGCCAACGUCUACUUUCUACUGAUCUCGCUCCUCCAGCUCUGCACGCCGUACUCGCCGACGAACCCAUUUGCAACGCUCGCGCCGUUCCUCCUCGUACUGCUCGUCACCAUGGUCAAGGAAGGCGUCGAAGACAAGGCUAGGCACGACGCCGACGCCCUUGUCAACACGAGUCCCACGCUGCGCCUCGGCGACGACGGGCAUUUCGCGCAAGUGCUUUGGCGCGACGUCGCGGUCGGUGACAUUCUCAAGGUGCGCGCCAACGAAGUGUUUCCGGCGGACCUGCUCCUUCUCGCAUCCAGCCACGACGACCGCGAGGCCUAUAUUGACACGAGCAACCUCGACGGCGAGUCGACGGCCAAAGUCCGGCUCGUUCCGCGCAUCCAUAUCAGCGCCUUCCACGACGUGCUGACGUAUGGCAACGCCGUCGCGGCCGACGUGCGCUGCCAGCCGCCGACGCCCGCCUUGUCUCGUUUCGACGGCGUCCUGCAGCUGCGCGCCAAGGACGAGGCCGAGGACGUGCCGUUUACGAGCCAUAACGUCUGCCUCCGCGCAACGCGCUUGGUCAACACAGCCCACGUUCUCGGCGCCGUCCUCGCUACCGGCAGCGACACUAAGCUCAUGCAGAACAAGGCCCGGUCGGUCCCGCGGAAACGGAGCCACCUCGACGUGGUCGCCAACAAGUGCGUGCUCGUCGUCUUUCUCCUGCUCUUGCUGCUCAACACGAUCAGCGCGAUCAAAGGGUACUUUUGGCAAGCGCAGGCGCUGCCACCGUACUUGCACGUGGACGGACCGCCGUCCGCAACGACCUUUCUGACGCUUUGGGUGACGUAUCUCAUUCUGUACAACAACCUGGUGCCGAUUUCGCUCUACAUUAGCCUUGAAAUCGCCAAGUGGUAUCAAGCCAAACACAUGGAACACGACGUCGCCAUGACGUGUCCACGCACGGGCCAAGGCCUGGUCGCACGCACGUCCAACCUCAACGAAGACCUCGGACGGGUCCAGUACCUUUUUACAGACAAGACGGGCACGCUGACAAAGAACGAGAUGGUGCUUCAGAAGCUCAGCAUCAGCGGUCAACUCGUCGACUGCCAUGGUGGGGGCAAGCGAUCGGGCGCCAUCGAUCCGAACCGGCUCGUCGAACUUGCCUUGCUGCAGCGUCACCAACAUGGCGCAUCGAUCCGCGAGUUCUUCCGCUGUCUGCUACUGUGCCACAGCGCGCGCAUCGGGAGCGACGGCGACGUGUCGGCCACGUCCCCUGACGAAGUCGCGCUUCUCGCGGCCGCCGCCGAUUUUGACUGCGCAUUUGAUGGCAUCUCGAACAAUCGCAUCCAGAUAGUGCUCUUUGGGCAGCAAGAAGCGUACACGCUCCUCGCGUGCAACGCUUUUGAUAGUCUGCGCAAGUGCAUGUCGGUGCUCGUCCAGCGCGAGUCGUCUGAUGAGUAUUGGCUCUACUGCAAGGGCGCCGACAACGCGCUCCUCCACCCGAGCAAUGCAACCCGGGCGCGCCAAGACGUCGAGACGCACAUUCGAUCGUUUGCUUGCCUCGGUUUACGGACCCUUGUGUUUGGCCGGCAGCAACUUGACGCAAAGGCAGCCAAGGCGUGGCUCGACGCCUAUGCUGCGGCCCAGGGGGCUCUCCAUGAUCGAGAGCAUACCUUGCACGUGCUCGCAACGACGAUCGAAGCGAGCGAGCGCAUGGAGAUCCUCGGCGGCUCGGGUGUCGAAGACAAACUCCAGGACGGCGUCCAUGUGGCCACGUCGCUGCUCACCAAAGCCGGCAUUCGCGUGUGGAUGCUCACCGGCGACAAGGAUGAGACCGCGGUUGCACUCGCCCAUGCCGCCGGCCUCCUCUCGACAAAGUCGCUCGUGCUGCCGCUCUGCGACGGCGCCGACCAAAUCGCCGUGCAUCGCAAACAGCUCAAGCGCGACGGGCUCUGGCACCCCGGCACCGUCAACCCAUCGCUGUCGGUGCUGCUCGGGGGCGCGUCCCUCGACCAGCUUCUCACGGUGCACUGCCUCCAGAAACCCCAGGGAGCCAACCAGAUCGCGCCUUUUUCUCCUACCGCCCACGCCUCCCAGUUGUUUGAGCUCUUGAGUCAGUGCCAGACUGUGGUCGCUUCCCGACUCUCGCCGAUCCAGAAGGCCAACCUCGUCCGUUUCGUCAAAGCCCACAGUCACGACGAGUGCAUCACGCUUGCGAUUGGCGACGGCGGCAACGACGUGUCCAUGAUCCAAGAGGCACAUGUUGGCGUCGGUAUCUUUGGCGUCGAAGGGUUACAGGCGGUGCGGUCGGCUGACUUUGGAUUGGCCCAAUUCCGGUUCCUUACGACGCUGCUGCUAUUGCAUGGUCGGUGGAACUGUCGCCGGGUCACGCUGCUCAUCUUGUUGACGUUCUACAAGAACACGCUGUUGGUCGCGACCUUUUUCCUCUACUCGUUUCUGACCGGGUUUUCGGGCCAAACGCCGUUCGACUCGUACUUGCUCGUGGGUUGGAACGUCCUCUACACGUGCCUCCCCUUGUUUGUGAUUGGCAUUUUCGACAAGGACCUUUCGGGGCCUACCUUGCUCUUGCACCCGCGGAUCUAUCUCGACGAACCGGAUGGGUCGCGCUUGAGCCUCAAGACACUCUUGCUUUGGAUGGUGUCGGCCGUCCUCGAAGCGUCGGCCAACGUCGUGUUGAUUUCGUGGUCGCUUGGGUACGGCGGCGCGAGCUUGGCGCUGCUCGGGACUGUCUUGUACGCUUCGUCGGUGCUCAUCGUGCUCUUGAAAGCCGCGGCGUGCAUGCAGCGGCUGCAGCGGUGGCGGCACUGGCACGUGCUCUCGCUGCUGCUGAGCGCCGCAUCUCUCGUCGUCUUCAUUGCUGUCUACGAAGAGCUGUACGCGGUUGUUGCGACAGCGAGUGCGUUGCGUGAUUUCUACCACCUCUUUUAUCGAGCGGAUACGGGCUUGCUGCUGCUCGCGCUCGUCCUUGCGCCGGCAGGUAGCCUCGUGCUGCAAGCCGCGUGGUACAGCUUUCAGCGACUCUAUUGGUACUCGAACCGCGAUCUUCACUCGGAAGUCGACGCUGGUCUGGGUGUUCGCGCGACGUCGCGGCCCCGCGCCACGGUCGGGUGCACGUCAGGUGAGAAAAACAAGUCGUCGUCUGCGUGCACCAAGCACCUCUCGACCGACUUCAAGGCGUGGGUCGACGCAUUUCGAUCGCCUGACAUGACGUCCGACUGCGACGUGUUGAUUGCACAGCUCCGAGGGUGCCGGCUCCAGACGCAGCAUGCUGAAGUCGAUGAAGACACGACGGCUACCGUCGAUCUCGAUGUGACACUCCAUCCGUUCUCGCUCGCGUUUCUUGGGAAGCGCAGCGCCGCGCUCGAGGCCGAGUACGCAUCGGCGUUCCGAUCCCGCGAGGUCGUGCGCAUUCGGCGGGUCGUCGCGCUCGCCGCGUUCCUCUUCCUCCUCAACGUCUUGGUGCAGUACUUUGUCGUCGGCGCGACGAGCUUGUACGUCGUCUCGCGCGUCUUGCUGCUCCUCUGUGCGCUCGCCUACACGCGGUUCGCAUCCUCGCGCUGGUUCCACGCCCACUACGAUCUCUGCGUGAUCCUCCCGAUGGCCGGCACCGGGCUCUUCAUCUCGGCGACCAUCGUCGACGAAGGCUACGUCUCGUCCACCUUGUUUCCGAUCGCGCUCUUCGCCGUGUUUCGCGUCCGGUUCACGUACGCGCUAUCGCUUGCGCUCGCCAAUUACCUCGUCUAUGUCUUGUUUGCGAUGUCGCUGCCGUCGACGUCGGCGGCGGGCCUUGGAUACUUUACUGGCUACAUUGGCCUCUUGAUGGCGUUCGCGGCCCACGGCAGCUGGCGCGUCCAGGUCGCGAUGCGCCACGAUUUCCUCCAGCAUCGGUCGCUCGCGCUCCAAGAAAAACGCGCGCGCGCGAUCCUCGAGCACAUGCUGCCACGUCAUAUUAUGGCCAAACUGCAAAGUGGCGACCCCAUCAUUUCCGAAGCCGACGACGACGUGACCAUCUUGUUUUGCGACGUUGUCGACUUUACGCAGCUCAUGCAACGCUACUCGCCGGCACAGGUCGUCUCGCUCCUCGACCAUCUCUAUUCGCUUUUUGACGAGCUCUGCGCCAAGUACGGCGUUCAAAAGAUGGAGACGGUCGGCAAGACGUACAUGGCCUGCGCGGGGCUCCAAGAAGCGUCGGCGUCGUUUCCAGUCUCGCCCGCGAUCCGGGCGGCGUGCAUGGCGCGCGACAUGCAGCGACUGCUCUCGACGUGCAAGACGACAUCUGGUCACAGCAUCAAGCUCCGCAUUGGCUUGCACUCGGGACGUGUCUUGAGUGGUCUUGUCGGGCGCAAGAAGCAGCAGUUUUCGCUCUUUGGGGAUACCGUCAACACGGCGUCGCGCAUGCAGAGCACCGGGACGCCCGGUCAAAUCCAGCUCUCGAGUGCCACGCAGCACAAGCUGCGCCACGACUUUGCGUUCUCGUCGCCGAGCCGCGUGCUUGUCAAAGGCAAGGGCGAGAUGGAAACCUUCCUCCUCGGACCAGCGACCAGCGACCGCGCACGGGCGUGGGCCGAGCGGCCGGGCUGCGUCGCGUCCCGCAGUCAUAAUGGGCUUCGGCGCCCCGAGCCCGUCGUCUCGAGCAUCGAGGCGGGAAUUUACGACGAAAUGGCUGCCGAAUUGCACCCGCUUUGGCUCUACUUUUACGAUCACGAGAUGGAGGCGACGUACGCGAAAGCCACCACCUCGAUGCGCGAAGAAGCCACGUCCCGCUGCCUCUAUGCGCUCGGCGUCUACCUCCUCUUUUCCAUCUUUCGUGACGCGUCGCAAGGCGCGCUCGUCGGUGUCGACGGUCGUCUCUGGCUCCUCGUCGCACCACGGAUGGUCGUGCUCGGUCUUCUUGCGGUGAGUUUGCUCUUUGUCCCGUUCAUGGCGCAGCACGGGCUCGUGCCGACGUCGUGCCUCUGCCUCCUCGCGCUCUCGACGCUCCACGUGGUUGAAAUCGCGCAGCGCCUUGCGACGGCGAAAGGCUUUGCGUGGCUCGCACUCGACGUCGUCUUUGUCAUGUUUGUCGUGAGCAGCGGCGGUGCGGUUCGAUAUGCCUCGUCGAUCGGCUUCAACGCGCUCGCCUGGGUCAGCAUGGUGCCCAUCACGAUUGCCAUGGGUCUCUUGUCCGAGAAUGGCUACGACGCCUUGAUCAACCCGGUCGUGCUCGUCUCGUUUACCGCGAUCGCCAACGUUGUGGUCUGUCGCGGCCUCGAUUUCUUCACACGGCGCAAAGUGUGGCUCGAGACGCAAACCAACAUUCAAACGCGGACCGCGGACCGGCUUUUGUACCAGCGGUUGCCCGAAGAAGUCGUCACGCGCAUGAAGCAAGGCGAGUUGGUCUGCGACGAGUACCGCCUCGUGGGCAUUCUCUACUCGGACAUCAAGGGCUUCACGACGCUCGCGGCGCGGACAGCCCCCGAAGACGUGAUUCAGCUGCUCGACUCACUCUUCGCGGCCUUUGAUGUGCUCACUGAGAAGCACGGCGUCUUCAAACUGCAGACGAUCGGCGACGCGUACGUCAUAGUCUCGGGCUUGCCGUUCAUCGACAUGAGCUUGACCGAGGAGAGUUUGCCGCCGAGCGCGCACUCGACGCCUCACCGGCGCAUGUCGGCGCGCAUGCAAGCCCACCGCGUCGCGCAGCAGCUUGCCUCGCUGCGCCGAAGCAAUGUCCACCUCAAGAAGCCGUGUCUGCACGUCCAUCAACACAUUCGCAACCUCUUGCACAUGGCGUUUGACAUGCACAAGGAGGUCGCCAAGAUUCGAGAUCCCGUGACGAACGAGCCGCUGCAAAUGCGCAUUGGGGUCCACCUCGGCAACCUCAUUGGCGGCGUGAUUGGCGACACCACGUUGCGCUACGACAUGUGGGGCCUCGAUGCGAUGCUGGCCAACACGCUCGAGAGCAACGGUGUUCCCGGUGGCGUCGUCGUCAGCGACGCCGUCAAGCGCGUCGUCGAUGAGGCCGGCGACGACUUUACGUGCGCCCACUACAAGACGCUCGACGGCGGCAUCGAUGUUUACACGGUCGCUUGCGAGGCGACGACCGAGGGCCGCGUGCGACGGCUGUCGUCGGCAAGUCCGAAGAAAGGCAUGCUCACGUCCGGCGUCGGGUCGCCGUCCAAGCUCCGGAAACGCUAG